ACACGUCUGAAAAGCCUUUGACAGCCUGAGUCCUCCCUGCCGGCACAUGACCAAAGCUGCUAAAAAGACUUCUGCCUAAGUAUUUGUUUCAUUCCGUAUUGAACGGGCACUUUCUCGGGCUUCCAUCACCACGAUGCUUCAGUCGGUGGGGAGCGAACAUGACAACCACUACAUAUCGAGUCAGUCCAGCUCGAUCGAGGCUCUCGUCGCAGCCCGCAAUGACGGCAAGAAGCACCUGCUCCUCGCAGCGUCGGGCUCCGUAGCCACCAUCAAGAUCCCCGUCAUUGUCCAGGCCCUAGCAAAGUACGCAGGCAUCCUCUCAAUUCGCAUUGUCCUCACCGAGUCAGCCACCCACUUCCUUGCCGGCCAGAGCGCCGAGCAGCCCACCGUUUCCUCCCUUGUGCACCUCCCCAACGUUGACGCCGUUUAUCGGGAUCACGAUGAGUGGGGUCCCCAGCCGUGGCGCCGGGGGGCGAGUAUCCUACAUAUCGAGUUGAGGAGAUGGGCCGACAUGCUUGUUGUGGCGCCAUUGAGUGCAAACACCCUAGCCAAAGUUGUCAACGGCAUGUCUGACAACCUCCUCACCUCGGUGAUCCGCGCCUGGGACACAGAUGCCAGUAUCGACAUGAAGAAGAAGAUCAUCCUCGUUGCCCCGGCCAUGAACUCGGCCAUGUGGAGAAACCCCAUCACAGCAAAACAGAUCGAAAUGCUCUCGGACGACUGGGGCGUCAAGGAAGAUGUCGGCAUCACCGGCGGGUCGCGCUCCAUUACCGGCUGGUUUCAGGUCCUCACGCCGAUUAGCAAGUAAGCCGACUCCGCGACGUCUUUACCACGAUAUUCUCCUGUCCCACCCACGACUUCUCUUUCAACAGUUCCAGAGUCUAAAUGACAGCUAAACCAAACAGGACCCUCGCAUGCGGUGACACAGGAGAUG